AUGGCCCCUUCAGUUGCACAGGAACCGUCAGUUUCGUGGCCAACACAGGUGCAGCCGAAACCAACACCGUCUUCUGGACGACCUCGAAACAUCGACCCGAUAAACUCUUUGAACUUUCCGUCUCAUUUGCAACCUGAAAAAUAUGAGAUUCAGGGAACUCAUCCCGAAUCAAAGAUCCUGUUCACUGAUGUCAACAUUCUUGAUUCGACCGGCCGUGAGCCAUACCGUGGCGAUGUCCUGAUUGAGGGCGAGCGCAUAGUAGAGGUAGGGCAUGUUGCAAACAAAGAAGAUCAUAUCAAAGACGCUCGGGUUCGCGUGUUCAGCGGCCGUGGUCGGACACUCAUGUCGGGCUUGGGCGAUGCUCACGCUCAUUUCACCUGGAACGGCACCGAUCUCGCCAGACUCGGCGAGCUUGACGUCGAAGAACAUGUCCUGCUCACCAUGCGAAGUGCCCAAUGCUUUUUGGACUCUGGCUACACUAUGGCUUUUGGCGCUGCCUCGGCCAAGAAGCGCCUCGACGUCGUCAUCCGAAACGCCAUCAACGCGGGUGACAUCCCGGGACCCCGGUAUCUGGCCAACGGUAAGGAGAUGUGCCGGCGGGGCGGGGACUUGGUCGCCUCCAUUUCCGCUUUCGCGGAUGGUCCGGAGGAGAUGCGUGAGGUCAUUCGGGAGCAUAUUGCACUUGGUGUAGAUAACAUCAAGCUCAGUAUGUCGGGGGAGGAGAUCACUGAAACCAGGUCGGCGCAGGAUUGCUACUUCACUGAUGAAGAAACGGCUGCUUGCGUCGACGAGGUACACAAGCGAGGCAAACGGCUUUGCGCACAUGCCCGCGCGCGGGACUCGGUGAAGAUGUGCGCGAAGCAUGACGUUGACGUAAUCUUCCAUGCUUCUUACAUUGACGACGAAGGGAUGCGGAUGCUCGAAGAAAAGAAGACGAGGAUUGUCGUUGCUCCGGCCAUCAAUUGGCUGGUCGCAACGCUCAAUGACGCUGAGGUGUUUGGGUACCCGAAAGAGCAAGCGGAGAAGGUUGGGUAUCGGAGGGAGCUCGAUACUGCUGUCGCCGCGCUGCGCGAAAUGCAUCGACGCGGUAUUGUUGUUCUACCUGGAGGUGAUUACGGCUUUGCUUGGACUCCUCAUGGCACGUAUGCGCGUGACCUCGAGCACUUCGUCCGCUUGCUUGGGUUCACGGAGCACGAAGCUAUCAUUGCUGCGACCAGUGGUGUGGCCAAGUUGUUCAUGCGGGAGAAUGAGCUGGGAAAAAUCCUCCCCGGAUACUACGCUGACUGCAUACUCGUUGAUGGAAAUCCUCUGGAGGAUAUAUCAAUCCUGCAGGAUCACGACAGGCUCAACAUUAUUGUCAUGAAUGGACGGGUUCAUAAGGCUGGUAGGAGGGAAUACGUGCGUGACCUCACUGCUUUGCCCGGGGGCGUGGAGGCAAUUGAAUUUCCGGAGGUGAAGAAAGCCAUGCAGAAAAGUUACUAG